AUGCCAGGCUCCGCCAGCUCCAGGUCCUCGCGUCCUGUCUCGACCGCGAGCAGUCUGAUGCAAGACGUCCCCGGCGCCUUCCCGGCCGUACCUCAAUUCGGCACCGAGGACAACGAUGAGGAGGAGGCCCAGGAACCGCGAACUCUCCACGAGGUCGUUCACUCCAGGCGAGCGGAGUACGUCCGUCCCAGACACAUCCGUAUCAAGGUCGGCACGUGGAACGUUGCGGCAUACAAAGGCGCCGAGAAAGACGUCGGAGGGUGGUUCGUCCAAGGCAAAGGGCUUGCGGAACGGUUGACCGGAUUGAACAUCAACACCGAAGAGGAGCGCACACCCAAGGAGGACGUUUCUGAACAAGAAGAGAGAUAUCAAUCCAAGAAGUCCGCGCUACCCGCAGGAGACCAGGGCUCCCUACCCACGCUACCAGCAGGAGACCAAAGCUCCCUGCCUGGCAACGAGGAUGUCGGGUUGUAUGUGCUUGGGUUGCAGGAGGUGGUGGAUAUCAGCUCUGCGACUGAAGCCUUGAGACCGUAUACAGACCCCAGCGUUGCGACGAGAUGGAAAGAGGCGAUGGAAGCAGCGUUGCCUGCUGGAUACAAGUUGGUUGCGGAGCAGCAGCUGAUCGGAUUGCUAUUGCUGGUAUAUGCUGCGCCUGAUGUUGCCAAAGACGUCAAGUCCGUGAGUACGACGAGCGUCGGCACGGGUUUGAUGGGCUACAUGGGGAACAAGGGUGCUGUCACCGCGAGACUCGUGUUGGGCGACACCACCAGACUUGUCUUCGUUAACAGCCACUUGGCUGCCGGUGCUGAUAGGUCUGCUUUGGAGAGGAGGAAUUGGGACGCCCAACAGAUAGUCAGUCGGACGAAAUUUGAGCCGAUACAAGACUCCAUGGACCUUGUGCAGAGCCAAGGAGAGCAGAUUGGAGACGAAGACCUUGCAUUCUGGUGCGGCGACCUCAACUAUCGACUGGAAGGCAUUCCAGGCGACGAUGUGCGGAGGCUCCUCAUGCUGCACACACGGAAUGAGUACGACUUGAGUCAGCGAUCUGCUCAGAAGAUCGAGAAGGAAAUUGAAGAGGCCACCAAUUCCGUGAAGCAGAGAGCUGGCGAGACCAGUAGCUCCAGCUCGUCUUCUCUACGCUCCAGUACGGACAAUCGCAAAAGCACCGACAGCACCAAAGCUUCCACUCUGCUCGACAACAUCGCUGCCAGUGAGGAUCCGACUUCACUUCAGACGACCUUGUCCUCCCUCUUGCCACACGAUGAGCUGCGCCAGCAAAUGCAAGCCCGCAAGGCAUUCCAUGAUGGCUGGCAAGAGGGCCCUAUCACGUUCUUACCGACCUACAAGUACGACGCAGGCACUGUGGGCGUCUUCGAUUCUAGUGAGAAGAAGCGCGCUCCCAGCUGGUGCGAUCGCAUCUUGUACCGCACAAGGCGAGAAAAGCUGGCGUACGAGACCAAGAUCAGAGACGAAGAAAAGGCAAGAAAGAUGGAUGAACAGAUGAAGGCGAGCGGAAUUGAUCAAGCCGGGAACGAUGAUGACGAACUUUUGUACGAUUACGAUCCAGAGACUGACGGCGCCGAUACCAGCGGCGACUACGACGAAUACGACGAGUAUGAUGAUGUCCAAGACGGAGUGGUCAUCACCAAGGAAGGCUUCGAAGAUGCGAUCAGCCUGGAAUACUACACCGCGCAUCAGCGGGUUCUCUCCAGCGACCACAAACCUCUCGAUGCCUCGUUCAUGCUCAAAUACGACGCCAUGGUGCCUGAACUUAAGGCGAAGAUACAUGCGGAAGUCGCUCGAGAGCUCGACAAGGCAGAGAACGAAGGUCGACCGAAUGUUACCGUGGUUGUGGACAAACAUCACGAUACACCAGCUACGAGCGAAGAAUGCCUGCCCGAGAAGUUUGAGGGUAUCUGGUUCGGCAAUGUGAGAUGGGCGCAGAGCAAACGUCGGUCUUUGACGGUUGCCAACACCAGUCGUGUGCCCACUACGUUUUCCUUCAUCCAGCGGCCAGCGAACGCCGGAGAAGGAUCUGGAAUCGCACCAAGGUGGCUCAAGGUCGAAGUCAACGGCCAUGAGAUGUCUAGCUCCGCUAAGGCUUCAGAGUCUGUAACUUUGGAACCUGGCGAGACCGGCAAUGUUGACCUCGAAAUGCGCAUUCUUUCUCUUAACGAUGUGCACGACCUGAACGACAAGCGGGAGCUUGAAGAAAUCCUCGUCUUGCGAGUAGAGAACGGUCGAGACCACUUCAUCCCCAUCCGAGGACAUUGGUUGGAAAGUAGCCUUGGCAAGUCAAUCGACAAGCUCGUCAGGAUCCCCGAAGGGGGCAUUAGAAAACUACAAGGGCAAAAGCCUGAAGGUAGCAAGCUGAAAGUGGCUGCGAAAACAGUGGCGGCGGCGAAUAAUUUGCAAGAGACUACUUCCAAGAGCAGUAAUGAUGAAGAAGAACCAGUACGUUUCUCCGCUCCGCGCGAAUUGUUCCGGCUGACGGAAGCGAUUGAAGAUUUGAGUACGAGGGUCAUUGCAGAGUGGGAGAUGACGAAUACUCCUGCCACGCCUGCUUCUCUGCCCCCGACUGCGAGCGAUUUGUUUGCUGAGUUUACUCCGGAGCCGAUACCGCCUUGGGAUGCGCAUCCGGGUUGGCCAUUUGAGAAGGAGUGUUGGGCCGAGAAGGAUACUUCGCAUUGGAUGGAUGCUAUGAGUGAGGCCUGUAAUGCUUUAGAUGACGAUCAGGCUUUGGAGCCUUCACUGCCAGACGAUCUGCCGAGGAUUCAGAGGCUUUAUGUUCUGUGCAGUUUUCUGCUGCUGUUUCUGAAGAGUAUACCAGAUGGAGUCAUCACUACUACACUGUGGCUGGAGGUUGAGAAGUAUCUGGCUGAGAACGAAAAGGCGAAACGCAAGCUCAGCAUCGACGAUCAGCGCACCGCGAUACAGGAGAUCCUGUCUCCGAGUCCCAGUCAUAGUAUCAGCUUUGUACUGGUUAUGGGGAUGCUGGAACGAAUGAUCACCGAACGAGCUUCUGCUGCUCCGCCACCGCAUCCUGCGGGGAGCACUGGUGGUCACAGCCGAAAUCUCAGCGCCGACUCUACCACCUCACAGCCUCUGAGUCCGACCAGACGCGCUGGUGGCACUUUGAAGAGGAUCAUCACGGGCAAGACACCCUCGCCACCUCCAGGUGCUUCGAAAAGGGAAGCUGCUUGUAUGGCUCUGGCAACAAUCUUUGCGGAUGCCGUGGUCAAGGCGCCGGACGUGAGCGGAGACAAGGCGAAGACUGCGUUGGGGAGGAAGAAGGUUGAGAGUUUGGAGGUGUUUUUGAGGAAAGAUGGGGAGUCUGGGUGA